AUGACCGGCCGGGAGGAGCUCGGAGAGGAGAAGCCCAGAGUGAAGAUGCUUUCCCCGGGCUUCGGGAUCGACAAGUCCCGGCUGCACGGCUCCGGGUUCCGCUCCAAAGGCUUCGCCAUCACGGACCUGUUGGGCCUGGAGUCGGACCUGCAGGCCCGGCAGCAGCCCGGCGGGGCCCCCGGUUCGGGCCUGUCCGCGGCGGCGGGCUCCGGGCCCGGGGCGGAGCCGCAGGGGCCGGGCGGCGGGCUGGGCGGCUUCUCGUUCCCCGGAGGGUCGCUGCCGCUCGGCCUCGGGUUCCUGUGCAGCCUGGCGGCGCAGCAGCCCGCCGGGGCUCCGUGCUUCCUGCCCGGACACCUGCCGCUGCUGCAGGCCCGGGCCGACAGCCACUACCUGCAGAACCUGGAGGCCCAGAGGGACGCCUACUCCGAUGAAGAGUGUCUGUCGGACAGAACCGACUCCAAAAGUUCUGGAAACUCCCAGAAGAGGAAGAAACGGAGACACCGGACCGUGUUCACGUCGCACCAGCUGGAGGAGCUGGAGAAGGCGUUCCACGAGGCCCACUACCCCGACGUGUACGCCCGCGAGAUGCUGGCCAUGAAGACGGAGCUGCCCGAGGACAGGAUACAGGUCUGGUUCCAGAACCGGCGGGCCAAGUGGAGGAAGCGUGAGAAGUGUUGGGGCCGCAGCAGCGUCAUGGCCGAGUACGGCCUGUACGGCGCCAUGGUCCGCCACUCCAUCCCGCUGCCCGAGUCCAUCCUCAACUCGGCCAAGAACGGCAUGAUGGGAAGCUGCGCCCCCUGGCUGCUCGGUGAGCCGCAUGCACGGAUGCACAAGAAGUCUCUGGAGAUGGCCAAGAAGUGUCCAAGUCCUCCAGCGUCCGACUCAACUCGCUCCGACUCAUUUUGCAACGCCUUGGAGCGACGCAGCAGCGGCGAGGUCCGGGAGGCGGAGGAGGAGGAGCUGCUGGAGGAGGAGGAGAUGGAGGAGGAGGUGGCCAUCGACCUGUCCAGCUCCUCCAAACAGCAGCAGCAGCAGGAGGAGGGCGGAGCCUCGAUAAGGACCGCCUCCUCGCCACGACGACAGAGCGGCAGCGAAUCAGACACUUCUGUUGCAGGUGAAGAUACUAGCAGCUCCUCUCCCCCUCCAGCUGAUGACCACGAGUACGCCCGACCGCCAUCUCCGCCUCCUGGUGCCGCCCCAGCAGCAGAGGGUGGAAUCAGGAAGCAGCUCCGCAGCCAGAGGAGGAAGGACGUUGUCCCAGCAACCGCAGAGCCUCCCCUGCAGUGCUCACUGUGCGGCAUGCUGUUUCCAAACGCCGAGCGACUCGCCGACCACAUGAAGAAAUCUCACCCGGCGUGCUCUGUGUGCGGCAUGCUGUUCACCGGCAUCCUGAAGCUGCGCAACCACGAGAUCAGAGAGCACGGGCUGCUGCCAUACACCUGCGACUAUUGUCCAAAGAGGUUCAACCACAAGACUCACCGCAACCUGCACGUUAAGGCGCGACACACCGGCGAGAAGACGUGCCACUGCGACAUCUGCGGGAAGGGCUACUCCUGCAUCAGCGUGCUCAAGACGCACAGGAUGACACACUUUGACAAGACGUUCAUCUGCGACAUCUGCGGGAAGGGUUUCUACCACGCCUGCCACCUGACGCGCCACAAGCUGGUGCACCAGGAGGUGCGACCGUACCGCUGCUCCACGUGCGGCAAAGGCUUCACACAGGCCGCCAACCUGCGCAGCCACCAGCUGACCCACACUGGAGAGAGGCAGCUCUGCUCCGUCUGCGGAAAGAGCUUCCGCUGCCUGAAGAACCACGUCAUCAGCAAACACUCGCACGAGCUGCCGGCCGAUGAGCUGCCGGCCGGAGACUCCAUCAUCAGCUGUGAGGUUUGCGGGAAGAAGUUUCCCAACCCGUCACAGUACCGGGUGCACCAGAGGAGCCACACUGGGGAGAAACCCUUCCACUGCGACAUCUGUGGCAAGAGCUACCGGUUGAAGGAACUGCUGCGGGACCACCGUUACACCCACACCGGAGAGAAACCCUACCGCUGCUCACUGUGCUCCAAGACCUUCAACCUGGCCACCAGCUUCAUGAGGCACCGCAGCAUCCACACCGGGGAGACACCAUACAGCUGCCGUGACUGUGGAAAACACUUUCGCCUUCUCACCUUCCUCAAGGCUCACCUGCAGACCAAAGCUCACCUGAAGCAGAUACAGCAGAGGCUGGCAGGCGACCCCCACCUCUGAUCUCUAAGUGGAUCUGAAGCCUCACCGCAGAGUCGGGCAGAUGGUGACCGAUCGAUCGAUCGAUCGAUUGAUCGAUCGAUCGAUUGAUCGGCUGCAGAUCUUCAUGGACUCAGAUGUUUUAUCUCCUCGGAGGAAAUCAGAACUUUCCUGAGCUUCAUCGAACACGACAGGAUUCCAACAUGGUGGACUUUGUUCAGACUGUCUGGUUCAGAGACCCGGUCUGGUAGUACCUGG